GGCUGCCAAGCAUCAGGUCAAAUUCAACUAUCUUCCUUCUGCUUCUGUCCCUGUAGAUGCCAUGUGAAGGCUGUGCGGAGAGGGAUAAUGGAAGCACUGAUGCAACCAUGGGAUUCUUCCUGCUUGGCUUCUCUGAGCCGCUCCAUCUCCGGGCCCUCCUCUUCCUUUUCUUUCUUACUAUCCAUCUGGCCACAUUGGCAGGGAAUGUGGUGAUCUUCAUGGCAGUGGUUAUGGAGCCUUCCCGUCCUCCCAUGCUUUUCUUCCUCUGUCAGCUCUCUGCCACUGAGCUCUGCUAUACCUUAGUCAUUGUCUCAAAGGCACUCCUCAGCCUGACAGUGGAUGACAGCACCAUUUCUUUCAUAGGCUGCACUGCCCAAAUGCACCUCUUUGUGGCACUUGGUGGAACUGAAUGCUUCCUUCUGGCAGCCAUGUCCUACGACUGCUAUGUUGCCAUCUGUCAGCCUCUUCACUAUGUGGCAGUGAUGAGUGAGGGGCUCUGCCUCAAGCUGGCUGUGGCAUCCUGCCUGUGUGGCUUUGCUGUUGCACUGGAGUUGACAGUGGCUGUUUUCCACUUACCUUUCUGUCAGUCACAUCAUAUCAAUCACUUCUUCUGUGAUGUCCCUGCUGUGCUGCACCUGGCUUGUUCUCAGAGUCACAUCGUAGAGCUGCCCUUGCUGGCUGCCUGUGUGCUCCUCCUGCUCCUCCUCUUCCUGCUAAUCCUGACUUCUUAUGCUUUUAUUGCUACUGCUUUGCUGCAUGUCCGUUCCUCCAUGGGAAGAAGCAAGGCCUUUUCCACCUGCUCUUCACACUUGGCCAUCACCUUGCUGCACUACAGAUGUGCCACCUUCAUGUACAUUCGUCCUAAGUCCAGUUACUCACCAGCUUGAGACAAGAUGGUAUCUCUGAUCUACACCAACAUAACCCCUUUACUGUAUCCCCUCAUUUAUAGCCUGAGGAACAAGGAAAUCAGAGAGGUCCUGAGGAAAAUGUUGAGGAGGAAGAGAAUAGUGCAGCUGAACUGGGAUACUCUCAGGGCUGUGAUGUGCGGAUGUGGCAAAUUUUGGUAGAACAAGCAUGUGCGUGGUGGAAAACAGCCCCAUGACUAGGUUAGGAGCAGAUUCUCUCCAGACUUCACAAGGCAGAAUUCAGCAUGCAUUCAUACAUCUCUGAUAAAACUACAUCUCUGCUAAAUAAAAGGUCUCUGACAUAAGACUUUAGCUAAAGGGAAAUGUCCUUACCAACUUGUGAGGAAGAAGAGCUUUGGCCAGUUUGUAAUCUCAUUUCUGUGAUCACAGACAUGCUUAGUAUGAUCAAAAGAUCAGCAUAAUAUUAUUUAAGCUGCUAUAUUGUUUUCACUAUUUUUCUAUCAAUUUGAAAGUAGAUUUCA